CCCCCUUUCCCCUCCUCACUCCUCAGCCAUGAUUAAGGCGAUCCUCAUCUUCAACAAUCAUGGGAAGCCCCGCCUCUCCAAGUUCUACCAGCGCUACAGUGAAGAUACACAGCAACAAAUUAUCAGAGAAACAUUUCAUUUAGUGUCAAAACGUGAUGAAAAUGUCUGUAAUUUCCUAGAAGGAGGCUUAUUAAUAGGUGGAUCUGACAACAAACUAAUUUACCGACAUUAUGCUACAUUGUACUUUGUCUUCUGUGUUGAUUCUUCAGAAAGCGAGCUGGGCAUUUUGGAUCUAAUACAAGUAUUUGUAGAGACGCUAGACAAGUGUUUUGAGAAUGUCUGUGAACUGGAUUUAAUUUUCCACGUCGAUAAGGUCCAUAAUAUCUUGGCUGAAAUGGUGAUGGGUGGGAUGGUUCUGGAGACCAACAUGAAUGAAAUCGUCACGCAGAUUGAUGCCCAAAAUAAACUGGAAAAAUCGGAGGCUGGUUUAGCAGGAGCCCCAGCCCGGGCUGUGUCAGCUGUAAAGAAUAUGAAUCUUCCAGAGAUCCCAAGAAAUAUUAAUAUUGGUGACAUCAGUAUAAAAGUGCCAAACCUUCCCUCUUUUAAAUAAAUUGUGCACUCCAGGUAAAAAUAAUGAGUAACUAGAAGUUAAUUACACAAAUGUUUACCAGUCUAUUUGUGUGUG